CGAAAAGUUAGGCUUCGUCACUGCAACAAAAACAACCAGCAGAAACAAUUAUGGACCUUGUGAGACAAACAGUAUUAUUGUUCCUUCUUACGUUACCAAGUUUUUACUGUAAAACAAAUUGCAGACGAAGCGAACCACAAUUCAACAAUUGUGUUGAAAAUCAAAUGAACUCAAUGAAAUCAAAAUCGUUUGUCAAAAAGGGCCUGCCUAGCCUCAAGAUUGGACCCUUGGACCCCUUGUUUGUACCAAAGAUACGACUACGCCAAGGCAGUGGACCUGUAUCUCUGGACCUCACGUCUACUGACCAAAUCUUCAAAGGGAUCGUCAACUACAGAAUAACCUCUGCCAAGAUUGAUCUGAAGAAUUACAAGAUGGAGUUUACAGUUACCUUACCUUGGCUUUAUGUCGGAGGAAAAACUAAAAUGGAAGGGAGGAUAUUAGCUUUUCCAAUAAACGGAUAUGGUGACAGUUGGAGUAACUAUACAAUGGUGUCUGGGAAAGCGAUUCUAAAAGGACAUCCUGUAGAAAUGGAAGGAAAGCAGUUCUUUAGACUGGACACGGUCAAAUUUGACAUGGCAGUAAAACAGGCAACAGUACAGAUGAGCGGUCUUUUUGAUGGGAAUGAAGAGCUAGCAACAGCUAUGAACAACCUUAUGAGCAACAACUGGGAGAUUAUAUUUCAAGAGUUGAAGCCGGUGAUUGACCAAACUGUAGAGGAACUUAUAAAAGACACAGCUGUAAAACUCUUUAACUACUACAGCCUGGAUGAGCUAUUUCCAAAAUGAUUGUGAUAGUAGUUUUAACUGUUGUGGAAACAUAUUAUGUUACUAAAAUG